AUGAUUUCGAACAUGUUCAAAGAAGGCAUGUGGUUCAAGGCCUUGACUCCGUACAUGCUCAUCAUCACAGACAAUGAUCCAAUUGCAGUUGGCAACAUGAUGACGCUGAACGGCCUUACUCGGGCUUUGGUAGGUGUUUCCUGCGGCCGCUUGAUGAUCAACAGCAUUGGAACUGAUGCUGUAUGGUUUGUCACCGGCAUUGUGGGUGCUCUUGGCCUUUUGGUCAAUGUGAUUUGCUUGUGCCAAGGGUCUGUUUUUGCCGCCUACGUUUUAAAUUUUACAUGGGCAGUGUACAAUGGCUUAUGGAACAGCUGCCUUGAAACUUCUUGGGCUCGGUCCAUCUUCAGAAGUAAAAGAGAAGAUAUCAAUGGCGCACGCCAAAUUACGAACAAGGUCACAACUUCCCUUGGACCACUUUUUUCCGCCGCGAUCUUCCUUUCCUAUGGCAAUCACUGGGAUGUUGGCCUUGUACAAAAUGUCAUGCUCUUCGGAACUGGUAUGACCUCAGUAGUUGUUGCUUUGUGCUUUUUCUUUCGCAGCACUCAAGAGAUAGAGCAGGACUUACCGUUGCAGGAUAUUCAAAGCAUGGAGUUCUUUUGCGCUUCAAAUUCAAGCGAGGCUGAGAUCUUAACGUUCGAACCGGACGCCAUGUGCCAAACAGACUUCAUGGCCGAUGAUGACGGCAAUGUUGUGUUGACUUGCCCGUUGGGAGGAAACUCAGAAUCCUGGGCUUCUCGAAUUCGAAUUCUGACGUCUGAUUACAAGGAGACGCAUUUCAUCCUUGCCAAACAGUUCCGGGCUUCUUUGAAAGGAGUUGAAGGUCAAAGUUGUUUGCUUUGGUUUCGAGAUGCUGCCCGGCCCUGCCUGCCAGUACAGAUUGAGGAACUGCAGAUUUACUUGAAGCAGGUUGGCGAGGACUUGGACGAAGUUCCCAGAGUCAAUGGAGCAAGGAGCACCAUAAGGUUUAGCAUUGAUCCUGACGCACUUCAUCCACCACAGCAUUUUUCUUUGCGGAGGUUCUGGAGGAGCAUCCUCCUUGGCAGCAACAGCCAGGUGUUGCCACAAGAAGGCUUGAGCAAGGCCCUUCUCCGCACUCAGGAGCGUGAAGGAUCUGAGGACCAGCUUCCUUCGUUGUUUGCGACGUGCUGA